UCCAUACGGCUUCCCUUCAAAUUCAACUUUCCCACACACACCACAAAUGGUUCCUCCCCAUCGACCCUUUCACCUUCCCUUCACUACAGUCGUCGUCGUCGUCUUCCUCCUCUUCCCAGCCGCCACACCAGACCUCGACGCCGACAGGGCUGCCCUUCUCAGCCUCCGGGAAGCCGUUGGCGGCGAAACCCGCCUAUGGGACCCGGCCCGAUCCGAUCCGUGUUCCUGGCGGGGCAUCCUUUGCGCCGACGGUCGCGUGACCGAAGUACGCCUCCCCGGCGAUGGCCUGGCCGGCGACCUCCCGCCUAACACCCUCGGAAACCUCACCCACCUACGCAGGCUCAGCCUCCGCCGGAAUUCCCUCUCCGGCCAACUCCCGCCCGAUUUAGGCUCCUGCCUUCAGUUACGCGUUCUUAAUUUGCAGACCAAUCGAUUUUCCGGUGAGCUCCCGACCUUCUUAUUCCGCUUGAGCAGACUUGUUAGCCUUGACCUCGCCGGAAACAGCUUCUCCGCUGAGAUUCCGUCGGAGUUUAACAAUCUUCCUCGGUUGAAAACUCUUAAUUUAGCAAGGAACCGACUCACUGGAUCAAUUCCGGAUCUUCCCCCGUUACAGAACUUCAAUGUUUCGCACAAUGGCCUGAAUGGUUCUAUCCCCAGAAGCCUUCAGAACUUCCCCGCAGACGCCUUCAUUGGAAACCCACUCUGUGGAUUUCCCCUCCAAUCUUGCCCCGGCGGCGGAAACAAGCUUUCCGGGUUCGCCAUCGCCGGAAUUGCGACCGGCUCGGUGGUCUCUGUUCUUGUAAUUGCUCUAAUUCUGUGUCUAAAAAUGAGAAAUGGGAAGGCGGUGUCGGCGGCAAUAAAUCAAUCGGAAGCUGAAAUUCGGAUGGAGAACAGGGCUAACGCAGGCAGAGAAAACGGCGGUUCCGGUGAGCGGCGGGGGACGGUGUGCGCCGCGGGACGUGGCGAGGAUAAAGAGUUGAAGUUUCUAGGAGAUAGCGGAGGGGCAUUUGGUAUUGAGGAAUUGUUGAAGAGUUCGGCAGAGCUUUUGGGGAGGGGAACAUAUGGGACGAGUUAUAAGGUGGAAUUAGAGGGAAGGGGAGAGGUGGCCGUGAAGAGGUUGAGAAAUGUGUGUGUUCCAGAGAGGGAAUUCAAAGAGAGGGUGGAGGAGUUGGGAAAUAUGGUUCAUGUGAAUUUGUUGCCCGUCAGAGCAUACUUUUAUGGUAAGGGUGAGCAGCUUUUUGUCAGUGAUUUCGCCCCUAUGGGAAGCCUCUCUGCACUUCUGCAUGGAACGGCAAAAGCAGAGAGGGUUCACCUGAGCUGGGAAGUAAGGAGCAGCAUAGCAACAGGGACAGCCAAGGGCAUUGAACAUCUGCACGCGCAAGGCUUGUCCCACGGCAACGUCAAGUCAUCCAACGUUCUACUCAUCGAGUGCGACGGCGCCCGUCUCUCCGACUACGCUAUAUCCCAACUGGCCUCCCCCGACGACUCUCGUCCCCGCUGCCUCGCCUACCGUGCUCCAGAGCUCAUCAACGGAGCUCUCGGAGUUCCCCUGCAGAAAGCCGAUGUUUACAGCUUCGGCGUCCUGCUUUUCGAACUGCUGACGGGGAAGACGCCGGCCGAGGGAGGAGAUGGCCCGGGGAAAUUGGUGGAGUCUGUGGGCGAACAGGAGUGGGGCGUGGGUGUCUUGGACCCUGAGCUUCAUGGGGACCGGUGGGACUGUGAGGAGCAGAUGGUUAUGCUUCUGCGGCUCGCAGUGUGUUGUACUUCUUGGGAUCCCGAGAGGCGGCCGUCGAUGAGUGAGGUGAGGAGGCAGCUUGAGAUUAUAUUUCAAUCUGAGCAAUGAGCAUUAUUAGCAGUCUUGGUUUUCAGUUAAGUAGUUACACAGCAGCAGCAGCUUACCAGAUUAGUAGUUCUGGACUUCAGUUCCUUACACAGCAGCAGCAUAUCAGUUACAGAUAAUAUUUCGAUUAUAUAUUAUAUUCUUCAGUUGUAAAAAUUUGUUAAUAUAAUGUGUAUAAAAGGCAUUGUGCAAGUAUUUUGACAGAUGAAUAAAAUGAUAUAUUUUAUUCGUUUUAA